GGGGGUAGAGCGUGAUCGCAGACUUCCAUAAGAUUGAGAUCAAUCACUUUACAGUAAUGAAAAACAAGUUGUGGAUGGCACGGUGAGGAAUGUAAAGAGGUCCGGAUUUAAGUCAAGCUUCCAAUUUCUAAAAGCGAAUUUGGAAGGAAAACAUCGUGGUUAAAAAAACUGAGUGUAAUGGACAAAAUAAACCAUGCAGGAUGGUUUGGAUUGAGAGUCUCAGGGAUGAAGUUUUCCUACGCCGGUCAGUUUACUUCUAUUCUCUCACAGGGCCGUUUUUCACCAAAACAUAUCAGAAUGGGCGAUGUCUAGGUGCCCAUUCCGGGAUCACUGCGCUGUAGACAAGAUGGGAAACAGCCUUGCUAAUAAUCCUGCCUUGAAGGGAGGAUUGACUCUUGUUUUUGCCGCAAAACUGGCAUAACGUGACGAAUUGCUCCUGCGGCGUGAGGCGUGCUAAGGCUGUGACGAGGUAGUGCUAGUUACAGCACAUGAUGUGGCAAUGACGUCGAUUAUUUCAUAAUUGAAUAAAAUGCUUAGUUACUGAAACAUAUUGCUGAAGCUGAGGUGUGACCUCAGUUGAUAACACAAUUGCUUUCUUUCACUCUUCGCGUUGUGUUUUGGGGCGAAAAUUGCUCUCGCCCAUCCGGCGGAAGCUUCUGCGGUUGGUUAACCGGGAGUAGCCUGACAAAUAGUUUGACCAAGUUUGACCAGUCCUCACUCCUCCAAAGUGAAACAAGUGAAUGAACAUCCGUCAUGGAAGACUUAGACGAUUCUGUAGUUGGGAUGACAGACGAAAAUUCUCCUCUUCUCUCUGUACAAGGAGGUCCAAACCAUGGAAGCAAGGACAGGUUUAGUGUUUCAAGCAAUUCGAGUUCCAGGAACCAAGAUGAUAAUAGUACAGUUAAUGGAAAUUCAAGGAGAAGCUCUGUUGAUGUGGAGUCACAGAAUCAAUUUCCAAAGAGAAAACCAUUUCAUUAUAACACGCUAAAAAGUCCAAUUGUAACAUCACACGAUGCGGACAUGGCAGCAAAAUUCAGUCGCUAUAGAUACAUUUCAAGACUGUCCAGACAUAACUUGAUAAUUCCAAGUCACAUGCUCCCAUCUCAGUUAUUUCUCAUUAUACCUAAAGAAAGCGAUGAGAAACAAAGCAGCCUUGUGACAAUUUUUUCAAUUUGGAACACUAUGAUGGGCACAUCACUGUUGAGCAUUCCAUGGGCAAUCAAUCAGGCUGGUUUUACUCUUGCUAUCAUUCUUUUGAUAUUGAUGGCUGGGAUUUGUCUUUACAGUUGUUACUUGAUACUCAAAUGUGCUGAAGAGACAGCAAAGCGUGGUGAGCUUUUAGAAUUUUCUGACAUCUGUAAAAAGUACCUUGGUAAGCCUGGAGAGCUCAUUGCAGUGUUGUUUUCAUUGGCUGCUAUUGCGGGAUCUGCCAUUGUCUUUUGGGUUCUUAUGAGCAAUUUCCUCUUCAAUUCUGGAAAAUACAUUGAAGAGAGCAUACAUCAUGCCUAUUCAGUUCCCAUGUCACUGAAUUCUUCAAAUGCCACACACCAUUUGGGAGCGCUUUGCCCCAAUGGUGAUAAAUCAUCGUCAAGUACGGAAGAUAGCUUAGUUAGAGCUGACACAUCAAGCUUCUUCAAGUUCUGGAGACUCCAAUACACUGUACCAUUCUUUUUAAUUGUUAUCCUCUUUCCACUGAGUAGUGUCAAGUCACCAACAUUCUUCACAAAAUUCAACUCUUUAGGUACUUUAUCAGUCAUGUACAUAAUUGUCUUCAUCAUCACUAAAGCCAGCAUAUGGGGAGUUCACAUGGAUUUUAGUCAUGGAAACAUACCCAUGUUCAAGGAUGGUUUCCCAGCCCUGACUGGAAUUCUAACUUUGGCUUACUUUAUUCACAACUGCAUCCUUUCAAUAAUGCGCAGCCAGGAACACCCUGAAAAUAAUGUACGAGACCUCAGUAUAGCAUUCUGCUUGGUAGCUUUAACAUAUACACUUGUUGGUGUGCUGUUUUUCAUUACUUUUCCAAGAGAAAAAUCUUGUAUUCAGCAGGUUCUUCUGGACAAUAUCCCUGCACCAGAUGUGAUGGCAUUUGUAGCAAGGCUCUUUCUUUUGUUUCAACUAACUACCGUCUUCCCUCUGAUACUGUAUAUUACACGUGUACAGUUCAUGUUAUAUUUCUUUGACAAAAUUUAUCCCAGCUUUCUUCAUGUUUUCAUCCUGAACUUAGUACUUAUAAUGGCCUGUGUUCUUUGUGCAGUUUUUUAUCCACAUGUUGGCAACAUUAUAAGGUAUGUGGGAUCAUUGAGUGGACUGGCAUACAACUACUCGCUUCCAUGCAUUGUGUACAUGAUAAUUCAGAAACGAAAAGGCAAGCUGUCUGGGCUGAGUGCUGUAAUGCAUUCUUCCAUUGUUGUAUUGGGAGUUCUCAAUUUUAUGUCUCAGUUCUUUAUCGCAGCAUAAUAGCCCACUUCCAAUUUGCCUUAAGCUUCUCUAUCAAAGCGAGGCCUGGUUCACAAUCAUUCAUAUGAAAAAGAGUUUAAUUUGCGAGUCAAUGAAAUCUCAUUUUCAUAUGAAAGGAUAGGCAUUAAGACUCGCUUUGAGAAAAAUGUUCUAAUGUCCUAUUGUUUCUACAAGAUUUUAGUUUUAUGUAAGAUUCUAAAUGGUAUUAUACAUUGUAUGAGUAUAAGAAGAAUAUGUUCCAUGUUUUUGUCUACUAUUGCUUGGGUGCAUAAAUAAAUUUUAAAGAAAUUUAUUUUCUGAUUAUGUCCUCUCUUUUUUAUCAUUUCUUGCUGAGUGCUGGUCACUCUUGACUGGUAGCUGUUUAAUAGAUCAAAACCAACUUACAAUUGAUACACUGAAUUGUUACUUCACUAAAAUCAUGCUGUGAAUUGCAUUUUGUUCUUUUGUAGCAUUAUUUAUUUACUGUUAUAAAAUGUUCAAUGAGUUGUACACAUGAUUGGUCAGUUCGAGUUCAUUAUAGUGCUGUAAAGGAUGUAAUGUCCCUCACGUGCAUGUUUUAUCAACUGAAGUUAUAAUGAACGUGGCCCACCUUACGAGUUUGAGGUCAAGUAGUUUCUUGGACAUUUGUAUAAGGAAUGUAGUCAAAAUAGUCACCUUGUGCAUUGUUGAGUUCAAUUUAAGGCACUUUCCUGCUUUUAAGAACACUUGAGAAGUGUUACAAGUUAUCAGCUGUGCCAUGUGCCUCUCUAUGUAUUUUCUGUUCUUAAUUAUUCCUGCGUGUUAAUUUUACUCAACAAUGCACUGGACGUUAAAUUUUUCCUUAUUAGGUGAGGGGAUUCAUUCAUAUUAAAAAUGUGUAGAAAUAUAUCAAGAAACACUUCUAGAAAAUUUUUCUUUGUCAUAGGGUUUGUAGUCAAGUGCAUAGGGGUAUGUAAUAAAAUACACAAGACUGGAAUUAGAUUCAGUUAUAGAAAUAUUUAUGUUAAGGUCCUGACUUGUGUUUAAAAGCCUUCAAAUUGAUUAAAUGGCUACACACAAUGAAUGGAAUUGUAAUUAUUGAAAUAUUUAAAAUUGGACCUCUGUAAAAUAGAAGGGUUCAAAUUGUGUUGAAAAAAGAAACAGUGUAUUAUGUUGUACCUUGCAUAUGGUAUCAGAAUAAAAGGUAUUUUUUAAAGUAAU